AUGUUUGAUCGCAUCAAGACAAAGGCUCUUCUAGUAGCCUGCCUGGUUUUCUCAGGCUCGGCAUUACCCAAUGGCAAUAACAAGCGUCAUUGGGUAGGCACCUGGGCGUCGAUGCCUCAGGAAGUUGAGCCUGCAAACUUAGCCCCAGCUCCUUUUGGAGGAGCAGAUGCAGCAGCUCAGUUCGAAAAUACUACUCUCCGCCAAACAUUUCACAUGUCCAUUGGAGCUGAGAAGAUCCGUAUCCGGUUUUCCAACAUCUUUGGCAAAACAGACUUGCCCAUCACUGCGGCAUCAAUUGCUCUACCAGCCGGGGGAAAGGCCGGUGUCGGUCAAAUCGAUACCAAGACCACGAAGCAGCUCAAGUUCAAGGGGAACAAGUCCGUGUCUGUCCCAGCAGGAGAGAUUGUCUACUCCGACCCCAUUGACUUCAAGCUGAAGCCUCUGUCCAACCUCGCAUUGUCUGUCUACACUGAGAAGGGCCAGCUUGGAAACAAGAUUACUGGGCAUCCAGGCAGCCGAACGACGUCCUGGAUGCAAAAGGGGAACCAUGUCAACGCUGCAUCUGUAUCUGAGGCAAGCGCCAAGCAUUGGUAUUUUGCGAACGGGGUUGACUCGUGGGCACCCAAGGACCACUUCGCUGUUGUACUUCUCGGAGACAGUAUCACCGACGGCCGUGGAAGUACGGACGACACCAACGAUCGAUGGUCCGAUGCUCUUGCAGCUCAUUUGCAAGAAUCUGGCAUGUCAAAUGUCGCUGUGAACAACAUGGCAGCAGGUGGCAAUGCUAUCCUCUCAGGCGGUCUGGGGCCUAUUCUGCUCCAACGAUACAAGCGAGAUGCCCUGGAGCAACCAGGUGCCAAAUUCGUCGUUGUCUUCGAAGGGGUCAAUGACAUCGGACCAUCCGCGACCGACGAUGCUACCCAAAAGAGGAUCAAAGACGGCCUCAUAGCAGCGUAUAUACAAAUCACGAAGGAUAGUAAGAAGGCGGGCAUGACCACUGUUGGAGCAACAAUCACUCAGAUGCUUGGAAACCAGUACUACGCUCCCGAAAGAGAAGUUACUCGAGUCGCUAUCAACGACUGGAUCUUGAAAAACGGGACUUUUGACCAUACUGUCGACUUCGCCGCUUUGAUCGGAAAUGGAGAUAAGCUGCUCCCUCAGUAUGACUCUGGCGACGGUCUGCAUCCCAACCCUGCGGCAUAUAAGGUAAUGGGCACAAAGUUUCCAAUUAAGAUUUUUAAGAAGUAG